GGAUGUGAUGAUAGCUUGUUUAAUAGCGUGUGGCGUUAUUUGCAUAAGCAUCAAUUUGUUUUAUAUUGCAUCAUCUGGGUAUAAUGUUAUAGAAUUGUUUUUUUCGUUUAGCUAUAUAUUUAUUUAUUUCUUGUAUAUGCUUAUAUCCAACUAUAUUGGGCAGACUGUAAUGGAUCAUAGUAAUAACGUAUUUUCUACUGCAUACAAAGUACAGUGGUAUAGAGCGCCUAUACACUUACAAAAGAUGAUAUUAUUCCUGUUACAAAGAGAAACCAAGGAGUUUACUUUGACUGUUGGUGGAUUAUUUAUUGCGUCUAUGGAAGGUUUUGCCAUGCUGAUUAAAGCUUCGGUAUCGUACUUUACUGUCAUAUAUUCUACACAAUGAUGAAGCAAAUAUAAAUUGAUCAGUGUCAGUAUGGUAAAAAUUAUAAUUAACAAAAAAGUAACAGUAUUUAUGUUUCGAAAAUAUGUACAAAUAUUAAUUUUUGAAAAACGUGGUUUAGAUAUUUGUGAAAAGCUGAUAAAUAUAUAGAAUAUAAUCAAGAUUAGAAUUAUUCAAAUCAAGAUAUUAGUACAUUAGGUUUCUAUGGUGCAUUAAAAUCAUGUAUCUUUUUGAUGUAUUUUAAAUAAAACCAAAGAU